AUGCCUGUCCGUAUACGCCUGUCUAUGCAUGGCCGUCGACAUAACCGUAUCUUCCAUCUCGUCGCCAUAGACCAGCGCAAGCGCCGUGAUGCAAAGCCCACGGAAUUACUGGGGAUCUACAAUCCAGCCUUGAAGCUUGGAGAGUCCCACAAAUCCAUCGAAUGGAGCGUGGACCGAAUUAAAUAUUGGUUGGGAGUAGGGGCUUUACCCAGUAAGCCAGUCGUGCGGUUAUUGGAAUGGGGAGGUGUAAUACCACCAGACUCAAAAUACCACCCUAAAGCAUUAGGCCCACCGAAUCUCGCACCGACUGAUCCUCAAAGAGAUAUUCCUCCAGAACCAUCAGCGCCGCAACCCCCGACGACAUCCGUUUCAUAG